GUGAUCGUCAAGUAAAGUUCCCUCUUCCACUUCCUCCCUCCCUGCAACCUGCGGCUCAGUGCAGCACAAGGGCUGAUACCCAAAUUUGCCCGUCUCUCCCCGCUUUUGCCUUGGCCUGACUUCCCUUUGCCCCGGGCGCUGUCCUCCGCCACGGGUCCAGAGACAUGCAAGCCAUCAAGUGUGUCGUGGUGGGAGACGGAGCUGUGGGGAAAACCUGUCUCCUUAUCAGCUACACCACCAAUGCCUUCCCAGGAGAAUACAUCCCCACUGUGUUCGAUAACUAUUCCGCCAACGUGAUGGUUGACAGCAAGCCUGUAAAUCUGGGGCUUUGGGAUACUGCUGGACAAGAGGAUUAUGACAGGCUGAGGCCACUCUCUUACCCGCAGACGGACGUCUUCCUGAUCUGCUUCUCCCUUGUCAGCCCGGCUUCUUAUGAAAACGUCCGUGCUAAGUGGUUCCCUGAGGUGCGGCACCACUGCCCUAGCACUCCCAUCAUCCUUGUGGGCACAAAGCUGGAUCUUCGUGAUGACAAGGAUACCAUCGAGAAGUUGAAGGAGAAGAAGCUGUCCCCCAUUACAUAUCCUCAGGGCCUUGCUCUGGCCAAGGAAAUCGACUCCGUGAAAUACCUCGAAUGCUCGGCUUUGACGCAGCGCGGCCUCAAGACAGUGUUUGACGAGGCCAUCCGAGCAGUCCUCUGCCCACAGCCUACCCGGACAAAGAAACGAGCAUGCAGCCUCCUCUAAGCGAGCAGCAGUUUCUCCCUCAGGACUCCUUUACUCCUCACUGUCCCCACCUGCCCUUCCCCUUCAACUCAAGGCAGCAGAGGGAGGAGAGAGGCUUCAGGACGAGAGGCAAGGCUGUCCAGAGCCUGAGGAGAGAGAAGAAUGAGAGCUUUCUAGCUGGGACCCUGCCCCUUCGUUCUCCCACCACCACCACGGCAGAGGGAGGGAGAGCAGGAAAAUACCUGGUCUGGUUUCACGAGAUCUGUCAUGUUUUUGGCUACAGAUCCCGGCCCCGUCCUGAUGCCAGGCUCUGCCCAGCACGCAGGAGAGUGAUGGCUCCAGCAUCCCAGAGCUCAGUGCCUUGUGGUGUUCACUGCGCUUUUUACUUCUGCUGGCUUGAAAGACCGUUGUGGGUCUGUAGCACUGGUUUGUCCAUUUGCACAACGUCCCCACACUCACCCCGCCCCAGCUGCCCCUUCCCUUCCUCACCGACCCCCAAGGUUACAACGUAGUGAAUAAGACUCAAUAAACAGACUGUACAUUCUU